AUGGGAGACGCCAGGUCAACCGGAGCUGAUUCGAAGCUCUUCGAGCCUCUGCAGAUCGCCAACGGCAAGAUUGAGCUCAAGCACCGAGUCAUUCUCGCAGCCUUGACGCGGAAUCGAGGAACUUCGGAGAAGGCCAAUCCCACGCCUGAGAGCCCGAACCGUGUUUGGAUCCCAAACGAUAUCAUGGUCGACUAUUACAGUCAGCGGGCGACCGAGGGCGGUCUUCUUAUCACCGAAGGUCUGCCGCCAUCCCUCGAGAGCAACUGUAUGCCUGGAGUGCCCGGCAUCUUCACCUCGGAACAGGUUGAGGGAUGGCGCAAGAUAGUCGACGCCGUUCACGCCAAAGGAGCGUACAUCUAUGCGCAGCUCUGGCACGCUGGCCGUGCCAACAUCCCCCAGUUGACUGGAGGCCCUAUCGUCUCGCCAUCUGGUCUGCCAUGGGAUGACCCUGAGGAGUUCUAUAUGUACCCUCCGCCACACAGCACGGAGAGGGUCAAGCUUGUCGAUCAUCCCCCGAUUGAGUUGACUCAGGACCACAUCAACAGAACCAUACAGGAUUACUGUGAGGCCGCCAAGUCUGCUAUGGACGCUGGCUUUGACGGCAUUGAGCUCCACGGCGCCAAUGGAUACUUGCCUGAGCAAUUCUUGAGCUCCAACUCGAACAAAAGAACUGACAGGUACGGGGGAUCCCCUGAGAAGCGGUGCACCUUUGUUCUCGAGCUCAUGGAAGCCUUGUCAAACACCGUCGGCCAGGAGAACUUGGCCAUUCGUCUCAGUCCCUUUGGUCUCUUCAACCAGGCAAGGGGUGAGAAGCGCGUUGAGACGUGGUCACAUCUCUGCCGUGAGCUCAAACAGCAACUGCCUCGCCUCUCGUACGUCAGCUUUAUCGAGCCACGAUACGAGCAGAUCUUCUCCGAGGAAGAGAAGCAAAUGUUCCUUGACUCGUGGAAUCUGCCCAACGUUGACCUGUCCGAGUUCCGCAAGAUCAUGGGCGAUACUCCCUUCUUUUCUGCCGGCGGAUUUGAUGACCAGACUUCAUGGGGCGUGAUCGAAGAUGGAAAAUACGAUGCUCUUGUGUACGGGCGGUACUUUAUCAGCAAUCCGGAUCUGCCCCGACGACUCCGCGAGGGCAUUCCCCUCGCCAAGUACGACCGCUCGCGCUUCUAUGGUCCGUUCGAGGACCCGAGCAUCGGUUACAACGACUACCCGAAGUUUGCAGCUUAG